GCAAACUGGAAAAGUGCUGACCCUCCUUAGCUGCGAAACCUCGCCUCCAAUGUAACAUUUGCUCUGCUAUUUCAGGGAGCAAAAGGAGCACCCGCGAGUGGCGCGCUCUGCCCCAGCCGCGCGCUAGGACGCAGAGCCGGGAUCGAGGCACCUGCUGCCAGAGGCUAGUCCCUUCAUCCUUCCCUUCCUUUCCCCUGCUCAGCCAGCCAGGCACUCUCGGAAGACCGGCUGGGCCUUUCCCCGCCCCGCUUCCUCCGCAAGCCCUUCCUCUUCCCCUCCGACGGGUCGUUUGGCUUCCUGUCCCCCGUUCCUGGGCGCUGGAGCUGCCGACGGCCCCCGGGGGACUGACAGGUAAGCCGAGGGGCUCGCCCUGCAGGAGGCCUUUGAACCCGCGGCCGGAGUGAACGAUCGCCCCCCUUUCUGCUCCGGAGAAGGGCUGAGCCUCGAGGCGCGGCUUCGGAUCGAGCCCUCGCGCCAAAUGGGGACGCGCGAGAACAGGGCGCUUCGGAGAGAGCGCAAUGCCAGAAGUCGAAACCACACCAGGGAUGACGGGCAGGUCUCCCAAGUUCCAGCAGCCUUGCGUGGUACAGCGGGUUGUAUGUAUAUACUGCAUAUAAAGCCUUUUGCUGUACCCCAUUAAGUUGCCAGUCAGUUUUAUGAGAUUCCACCCCAAAUAUCUGGCGUGCACACAGGGUGAAAUGCACACUUUUUCAAGCACCUGAUACAUGAGGAUUUGCAGAGGACCUAAUGCGCUGAUAGAAAGCAGGAGUGUUGACAUUCACCAGUUGCUGCGAUAUAUUAUGCUCAUUUGAAUGAGUCUUUCUUUAAUGUCCCAAUGGAUGUUGUUGGAUUCCAACCAUGGGACUUGCAGUCCAGCCACGUUCUGAGGCCCACAGCAAGUUCGCCACCACUCCACUAAAGCAAAGUUACAGAGCAAACAUCACAUUGCAAUGCAUUUUUAUAAGAAUUGUAUGAUGCACUGUUUCAUGAAGUCCUUUCUUGUGUUUCCCUAAACAGCUUGCUUCACUGGAUGACUCCAGAGCAGGAACUGUAAAUUGCUUCUUUUCAUCCUCUCCAGUUUUUUCCACUUUAUAAAUCUCCUGUUUUCUUUCUUUCCCACUCUCCAUUGCCAAGCAAUACCAUGGCAGAUUACUACAUUUGAUAGAAACAAGCACGCAUAAUAUUGGUCAAUAAAGCACCACACAUAGGCAGCAUGAAAAACUUGUGAUUUAUGACUACAACCAUCCUCCCUUCAGUGGAACAUAAUCUGGCAAAAUGCAGGUGUGCAGACAGUUGGAAAUGUGCAAAUCUGCAAAAAUUUGAAAAUGAUAAAAAUAUUGUUUUGUAUCCAAUGUAGGGCCUUCUCAGAGAAGACUCAUUAAAAUGAAUGGGCAUGACUUAACGGGUCCAUUUGUUUCAGGAGGCCUACUCCGAUUUGGGCCCACUCGUUAAGCAGGCAAAUGUUUCAUGCAUAGAUAUUCCGAAAGGGGUGUGUGCAUUUGUAGCCCCUGCAGUCUCUACAGAGCAAAAUCUCCUCCCAACACAUUAUGCUCUGGCAUUGUCAUAAGGGGUGCAAGAUUCUUACACACGCAUGCCUACAUAUGCACACAUACACGUGUAUCAAAUCUGGCCGUUCAUGCUUUUGCAAAAAAAAUUCCACAUUAUUUGUCCAAAAUCUUAAGCAAAUAUGUUCAUGCAACCUAAUUACAGAGCAAUCCUAGGCAUGUCUGCUCAGAAGGAAACCCCACAGAGUUCAAUCAGGCCUACUCUGAGGUGAGUAGGAAUAGGAUUGCACCCCUAGGCUGCAAAACGCUUGCCAGGAAGAAUGUCCCAAUUGAACUCAAUGGGAUGCACCUCCAAUACAUGCAAAGGGUUAUAUAUUUAUUAAGGCAGGGGUCAGCAAACUUUUUAAGCAGGGGGCUGGUUCACUGUCCCUCAGACCUUGUGGCGGGCCGGACUGCAGGCGUGCGCACACUCUCUUCCGCUACUACAGGGUCCAACUGAUAAGAAAGCGUUGUAUACCAUUAAGGUAUCAUUCUGCUGCCUCCCACAGCAGUUCCAAGGGGGUGUGCAAUUUAAAAAUAAGUCCUGUCAUAUGUUAAUGAGAAUGCGAUGCAAUACAUCUGAACACAGGCAGGAAUUUUUAAAAAUAACAUAUUGUAAUGAAGCAGCAGCAAAGGCCUGGGUAUGUCGAUAUUUCUGGGCACCUUAAAACUUGUAUACAAUAUAAUUUUACAGGUGUUUACAUAGGAAAGGAUAGCUUGAUAAUUUAAGCAAGCAACUUCAGUGCAUUUAAAAAAAUAUUAUUUUAUUUAUUUCAAAAGACAUAUAUACCUCAGCUGUAAUAAAACCUCAAAGCAGUUUAUGAAACUCUAUUUCACAAGGUUUUCUCAUUUUUAAAUAUUGUUUUUAAGGUUUCUGGGCAUCCCCCCACCCCCAUGUAUCCAGAAUGGCUGGCUUGUGUCUAAAGAAACUAUUGGAUCAGGCCAGAAGGAAGGAAGUGAAUCACAUCACUAAGUAUUUCGCCAGUUUCUUGGUGCAACCAGUAAAAAGGACUACAGCCUCGGAAACUUGGAUAAAGAGGGAUUCUCAAAAAGGACUUCUGCCUGUCCCUACACGAGCAUUCUGUACUCAUGAAGAUACCAAGGAGAAUCUAAAAGCAAAGCAAAGAACCACCAGUUUCAAAAAUACAAUUGAAAGCGUUGGGAGGAAAAUCCCCCAUCGGAUUAUUCAGCUGAUUGAUGAGAAUGGCGAAAACCAGGGAAACAUCCACAGGGCAGAUGUGAUUCGAAUCAUGGAUGAAAGAGCAGUGAAGCUUGUUCUUCUGAAAGAGAAAGCAGACCCUCCAGUGUACAGACUAAUGUCUGGGCAGCAGAUCCUCGAAGAGCGGCUCAGACUUAGAGAUAAGCAGAAAGCUAGUGCUAAAAAUGGUAUGUAUAGCAUUUAUUCAGUCCAUAAUUCUAAAAAGCUUUUUAAAAGAUGGAUUAGGCUCUAGUCCUUUGUUUUUUCGCUGCAUAUAUUUUUUAAGAGCCAGUUUCUAAAUGCGUAUUUAUUAGCCUAGUUGGUUAUCAAAAUAAUGGGAAAUAUGCUGAUCUGCAUCUGCUCCCGGAUUUCAUUCAGGGAUAGCACCAUUUUUUAAACAGAGAUUGCAGGCUCUCGUAUAUUACCGCUUUAGUUCACAACUGCAGAAAGUGGAGGGGAGAGAAUAAGUAGAUGUUCCCAGAACCACCACUAGCUUUGGGGAUUUUAAUGCCCUACAUAGCUCUUUAUCAUAACUACAACACUGUUGGCAGAAGGCACACUUCUUAAGACUACAAAAAAGAGCUCUCCUUAAUUGCCACUUGAGCAUAGAUCCAAAUCGCUACAUCACACAAAGUCAUGCUCUAAAAAGAAUAAAAGCAUAUGCUUUGCCAAUUUAUUAGCCAUAUUAAAACAACAAUAACUUGGGAGCAAGGAAGAGCAGUGUAUCUUGUUUUAUGCAGGGAGAGCAGGACAAACCAUUUUCUGUACAUUUCUUGCCCUCUUAAGGAUAUUUGGGCCUCUGUAAAUAAGGAGCUACUUCAUAUACUUCUGCCAUGUGAAAUUCAUGCUGCGAUUCCCCCCCCCUCCAAAGAAACCCCCAUACAUAAUUAAAUCUGAGCUAGUUUGGAACACAGCUGCUUUAAAACAAAUCCUAACAAUCUCUUUGCUUAUCAUUUCAACAGGCCCCAUUCAGCAGAAGGAGCUAACCUUUUCCACAGCAAUUGAGCAGCACGAUUUAGACACAAAGAUAAAACAGAUUCAGCAGUGGAUUGACAAGAAGCACCAUGUCCGGGUUACACUGCAGCAGAAGAGGGGUGGUGAUGGACAGAAAAAUAUGGUAAAUUACAACCAAAGUUUUCAUGGAGGGCCUCUCACAGUCAAGUUGGCCAGUAUUGCGAACUGACCUUUAGUAUGACUUACGUUUCUGCCAACACUAUUUGGAGCAUUAUUUUUUGUUAGAUACUUUAAAAAAAAUUCAAACAGCCAGACCCUCUUUCUUGCCCAUAACCUUGAUGAGUGAAGUGCUUUGGAGAACCUGAAACUCUGCAGAUGUUAUGACUCCCAGUAGCCAUCGCCCCAGCUAGCUUGGCCAGCCGUCAUGAAUGAUGGGAGUUGUAGUCCACAAUUAGAAAUUUGAAGGCCUUUACAUCUCUAGCCACAAUGCACCUGGGGGGGCCACAGGUUUCCCAUCCCUGCUUUAAAGCAUGUCACACAUUCCAGCAUAAGGAAUACAGGCUUACGUUUUAAUGUUCGCUACAAUCCUUAGCAGCAUAGUUAUAUGAAAGUAAUUCCUGUUGAAAUCAGGGUGAAGGUAAACUAAUUUUGACCUCUAUGAAGAGAUUUGGGGUCAGGAGCUGGAGAUCCCUGCCUCAGAGCCAGUACAGGGUACUACUUAUCUUUCCCCAGUGCAGUUGUCAAUCAAAUAAGGAAAAUAAGCAUGCAGAGUGAAGUGGCAUCUGUCCCAAUAGAACCUGCCAGAACGAUAAUGAGAAUAUCGUAAUGGGGGAUGGGCAAGUCUUCAACCCCAAUCAGGGUGCUCACCAGUGCACUAAACUAACACACAAGAUGGAGGAGGCUGUGCUUUGUCAGGCAUUUCUAACUGACUCAAGUCAGAAUCUGUAAAAUGAUUGAAUUUCUGCUCACCACCAACAGCGUUCGUUGCACAUUAAUUUAGUAGACGUUCCUACAGCAACAGCCUAUGUCUGCUUUUUUUACACUUCAGUCAAGUCCUUUCACUAAACCUUUUUUUUUUUUAAGGCUCAGGUAAUACAUACAUAAUGCCAGUGCAUCUUUUCCUUUUCAGCUGGCAUUCUUUGGUCAGAUUUUGGAUACGAUGCCUGGGAAAGCGACUUACCUCUCUGAGCCCCGCACUGUCAAAGAAGGAAGGAGCACGUGUGUACUGAGGCAUAUGUCGAACAAAGAAAUCCAGGAAUACAAAAGAACGGAGAAGAACAAAGGAGAUGAGAAGGAGAAGAGAAAGGACAGCACUGAAUCAGAAACCCUCAAGCAGUGAUUUAAUAUUUUUUUUAUUAAAAAAAUUGAAUGUCUCUCCAGUUUUCUUUACAGACUCCAUAGACUUGCCAGUAACAGCUACUUCAUAAAGCCAUUUUCAACUUCAUAUGCAUGAAUAUAUUGUCCACGUUCAUCUGAUACUCUAGCCAAGGGAGAGUGUUUCCACAGUAGGCAACGUGGCGCUCGCGUCAGGUGUGAUCAGAGCCUCAUCUGCAGAGGAAACAUUUCUUCGACAUGCUUUAGGUGGGAUGAAUCCACUCAGACGUGAGGCCAAACUCCGCUUAGGACGUGGCUUUUUAACCUUUGAAAGGAAACACAUAGAUUUGUGGUUCACAGAUUGGGAUAAACAUAUAAACAAUAAAGCUUUAAAAAAAGUACGUAUACGUUUUGUGGUCAGCAAUCUUGGCAGCUAACCAGUGGGAAAUGAUCGUAAAGUGUUGUUGUCCGCUCUUGUCUGAUUUCCUAAGUGGCAAGAAGGUUCAGGGUUUGGUUUCCAUUUGCAGAAAAGAGCCCUGGAUCCAGAGAUAAGUUCCCCCUGACUUCCCUGAUAAGUUUCCUGGGGCCUGGGGACUUUAUUGAAUGGGAUUGGCACUGGGGGUGAGGAAAUCCCUGAAAUUUUGGUGGAGGCCCUUUUCACAAGUGGAAAUCUUACUCAUGGAAGUUGCCUCUGCC